AUGCGCUUUUCCGUCUUGUUGAUUAUUGCAAGUGUGGCCAACACUGCCAUUGCACGCUCUUACUACCAGACGCGCUCGCCAUCCGCACUCGACUCUCUCCACUCUGAGCUUGAAGCCCGUGAUGUUGUCACUUCUGAUGCAGAGAUCAUCACCCACUUCUUGCGAAGCUUGGAUGAAGAUGAGCUGGAUUAUGUGUACCGUCGAGGUCUUGCACAAAAGUUCAAGAAUGCUGGGAAGAAAGAUUCAACCACCAAGAGAAAUACCACAAAUAAGACCCCCACCAUCACAGAGUAG